AAAAGCAUUAUGGGACGGACAGGUGCCGUGACCCUUCCCGUGGGUCCCCGCGUGCAGGGCAUGACGGGAGUUGUGCUGGGUAGCCUGGUGUUGGCCGCUCACAACUUCAGUCUGGACCUGACUGUAGCCUCGCCCAACAGCCUCGUCACCGGGACUGUACUGGUCAUCACGGGCCUCAUGCAGUUUUCAGCAGGUGCCCGUUUGCUCCAUCUUCCCUGCCCCACCCUGACCACCCUGUACCUGUGCCUGUCGGUGCUCUGGGGUUCCCUGGGGUCCGCCAAAAUCCUGGAGGGGUUGGAUAUCAUCUCCUCAGAUGCCCGCAAAGACGCCCUGCUCCCAGGCUAUGUUGUUUUCCUAGCCAUAACUCUUUCCCUUGCAAUAGCAGGAGUGAAGCAGCACACUCUGACAGGUUUGGUGUCUUUUCUGCUCGGGUUUUCCAUGGUCAUGGAGAUAGUUGCACUGUUCUAUCCUGCCGCUAGGUGGGGUGCAGCAUGCUACCAGACAUUACCCGUGCUGCUAGGUUUGUACUAUGUGGUCGGCUUGUCUGUGUCUUACUGCAAAGAAGGUGACUUUAGUUUUCCUGGUUUGAGAGAAGAAUCCCGUAAAGAUGGGGGCGAGGAACAAAUCGUUGAAAACGACGUCCUGACUUUUGGCUUCGCCAUGAACAUGCUCCCUACCUGCGCCGUGGCGCUAUUCUUUAUUGGCGCCAUCGAUGACGUUCAUCCGGCAACGCCUUGGAUGGCGCUAGGGGGUCUUGCCCAGCUACUGGUUUCUGUGGUGUCCUUCAGACGAGAAGACGUGUUUCACGGAACUGGCUUUUCCUUGUCUGUCACUCUUUGGCUUGGUCUAACGUAUGGGUUUCUUAGUAACGUCUGGGGUAAGACUGAAUCGGCACCUCCUGUCCUUGCAUCGUCCGUCCUUGUCCUUUUUUUCUUCAUCUUCUUCCUUCUGUCCUUCACCAAGACGAUUUCAGAUGUGGUCUACAACCUCUGCUUUGCCAUUUUCGUCCUCUCCCUUCCCACUACAGGCCUGAACAGUACCUAUCUCGGCGUUUCCAGUAUUUUGCUGCUAACUGUUUCCCUUUACUGUACCUUUGCUUUAUCGAUGAACCCUGGUUUUAGGAAGACUCUAGUCCCGGUCGGAAGGAGCGUUCUACCCGAGGAGUCGCUACGAGAGCUCUUCUCUCGCUGCCGGUGUAAGAAUGUCGACCAGCCGGCCUCCUCUAUCGCGGGCCAGUCACCGUCGUCUGACACUAUCCUCGGCUACUCGAAGUACGCCAGUGCGGACACGCUGGGGUUCCUGUCCAAUGCCGUGACAGCUCUAGCCGUGGCGCUCUUGUCUACCGGAGACAAGUCUCUGGUCCUCCCCUGGGUGAUCGUACCGGGAGGAGUCAUCCAGUUUGUGGCGGGAACCAUCAGCUUCUCCCGCGGGAAGACGUUCGAGAGCACGGCGUUCCUGGUGUACAGCAUGAUGUGGCUGUUGUGGGGGUCUGUCAGGUACUCUGGUGUCUACAGGGGCAGUGAAGGACUCGGUGUGGCGGCAGGAGCCGCGUCCUUUCUUCUCUUUAACCUGUUCGUCAUCUUCUUGUCUGUGGUGAUCAACAAGGCGUGGUUGGUCCUGUCCGUGGUGUUUGAGGUGGUUUGUGUGCUGUUCCUGUUAGACUCGCUAGGCGUCCAGACUAGUCAGUACUUUGAGCUGGCAGUGAUGUGUGUGUUUGGCGCGGUGUGUGUGUACUGUUUCUGUGUGCACCUGCUGAACGGCAUGUGUGGGGAGGAGGUGAUGUCCCUGGGGAGCCCGCUCCUGACCCUGGGCAGGGGGCGCCGCGACAGGGGUGGGGAACAGGGCUGUGUCAUGGCGGACGCCAGGAAGGCAAACGGCGUCAAACAAAUCGCAGAGCUCCUGAAAGACGGCGGGAUCUGUGGCAUGCCUACAGACACCGUGUACGUGCUGGUGGCCGCCUGUAACCGGCCUGCCGCCGUGGAGAGGGCCUACCGCACCAAGAAACAAGCGGAGGAGAGACCCAUGUCCAUAUGGAUCUCACAGUUGAACCAGCUGGAGCCGGCCAGGCAGGAGUUUGGGCCGCUUCUGUGGGACUUCAUGAAGGAGGUGUGGCCGUCCUCCAUCAGCCUCGUUAUCAAGAGAGGUCCGUGGCUGGACAGGUUCGGGCUGGGAGACUCCGCCCGCUACAUCGGCACCCCUGAGAGCAUCGCCAUCCGCAUCCCAGACUGCACGGUCGCCACCCACCUGAUCGACCUGGUGGGACCCAUCGCCGUGACGUCAGCUAACCCGUCCGGGGAGGCCGACACCACGCACCACUCACAGGUUCUGGCCAAACUCGGCGACAAUGUGGAUGGUGUUCUGUGCGAUGGACCGUCUCCGGAGAACGUGGCUUCUACGGUCGUGAACUGCACGAAGAUUGACGAAGGGAACCUCGGCUUUUUCCGUGUCGGCAUCGUGCCCAAGUCGCGAGUCCUCGACAUCUUCGACUCCGUUCGGCAGCGCCAAGGCGGCAACAUCGCGGCGACCAAUCAGCAAAACGGUGACGUAAGACAGCCGAACGGCGUGGCCAAUGGGAGACUCUAUAGCGGCAGAACCAGUGACGUGACCAUGGGCAUCGCCAACACAGGGUUUGAGAGUGAUGAUGAGCAAUCCACAGACGAGCCGCCAGAGGUCGCAGUUGUACCGAUCGAGGAGCAAACUUCAGGCUCCUCUAUAGAGAAUCUACUUGGCUUUGACACGAAGCUUUGAGAUAGACAAAAUUCUGACGACAAUUUUCUUAACUUUUGUGGGGGAGGUAUCGAUGUCAUGCUAUUAAUUUUCCCUUAUUCAUAUCAAAAUGAUAAUAUUAUAACAAUAUUUAAAUCUUGUUUUGCAAGUACAUGUAGUUGUCAAUUGCCAAUUAGUUUCCAGUGUGUAUAUUUGUUUUACACUUGAGCACUGUAGAAAAAUUCAUAUUCCUAAUGCGACUUGACAAACCUUCCAUCCAAAAAAACAUAUCUGCUCCUGUAUCUCCACUAUAACUGAAAAGCGAGAAGUUGAAUUUAUGUAACGAUAGCUAGUUUUAUUUUGUAUAUAUCUUUUCAUCAUGUUUUGUUUUGACCUGUACUUAGCCCAGUGUGGCAAAAAUGUGCAAUAAAGGUCGUCAUUCA